UCCGCGGUGCUAUACUUUAUUUCAUUGUAGACAUUUUGUGUUUUUCUAAGCGUGAAAUAAAAUUGUGCCUCAGUGUUACUUACCACAAAUCAAAUUUAAUAGAUUUUGUGCAAAAUACUAUUUCAAGUGUUAAAUUUUGAAAGACUCGUAUAUUGAUUAACCUGUACAAAUAUGGGAUUACUAUCUGAAGGAAGUCCUUUAACCUGGGAAGAAACAAAAAAUCUCGCUGAUCAUGUUCGAAAACAUGGAAUUAUUCAAUUUAUUAACCUAUAUAAGAGACUUAGGGAUCGACAGGGUGAUUUACUGAAAUGGGGUGAUGAGGUGGAAUAUAUGCUUAUUAAAUUUGAUGAUGAAGCAAAAACUGCAAAACUUAGUUUAAGAGCUGAUGAAAUAUUAAAAACAUUAAAUGAAAAAGAACAUAAUGAUCCAGAGUACGUAUAUGAUUCUUUAAAAGAAAAGAGAUAAUAUAAAUUUUUUAUUUUUAACAAAUUAUUUCUGAAACAUUAUGAGGAAUAUAAUUUAUUAUUAUUAGUUGAAUUAUUUUCUUACAGAACUGGGGCACAUGAUUUCACAGACCCUCCUACACAACCAAGCCCAAAUUCUGGUGCAUCAAGAAGUUUAUUUUUCCCAGAUGAAGCUAUAUAUUUAGGUCACCCACGAUUUAAAACAUUAACAAGAAAUAUCAGACAACGCCGUGGAGAAAAAGUUGUCAUAAACAUUCCUAUCUAUAAAGAUAAAAAUGUUCCAAGUCCAUUUAAAGAGGAUUUUGGUACUUUAGCCAAUGAGGAAUCUAGUUGUGCAGCAAAAGAAGAUCAUAUUUAUAUGGAUGCUAUGGGUUUUGGAAUGGGAUGUUGUUGUUUGCAACUUACUUUUCAAGCUUGUAAUAUAGAAGAAGCAAGAACUUUAUAUGACCAACUAACACCUUUAUGCCCAAUAAUGUUGGCUCUAACUGCUGCUAGUCCAUUUUAUCGAGGAUAUAUAAGUGACGUUGACUGCCGAUGGAAUGUGAUAUCUUGUUCUGUUGACUGCAGAACGGAAGAAGAACGUGGUUUAAAACCUCUGAAGGAAAAUAAAUUCAGAAUCAAUAAAUCUAGAUAUGACUCUAUUGAUUCAUACCUUAGUGAACAAGGAGAAAAAUAUAACGAUGUUCCUUUGAUAUAUGAUGAUGAAAUAUACAAACAACUUGUGGACAAUGGAAUUGAUAAAUUACUUGCACAACAUAUAGCUCAUUUAUUUAUCAGAGAUACUGUGUCUCUAUUUUCUGAAAAAGUACAUCAAAAUGAUUUGGAGAAUACUGAUCACUUUGAAAAUAUACAAUCAACAAAUUGGCAAACAAUGCGAUUUAAACCACCACCACCAAAUUCCUCUAUAGGUUGGCGUGUUGAAUUCCGUCCAUGCGAGGUUCAAAUCACAGACUUCGAAAAUGCUGCCAUAGUGUGUUUUGUUGUUCUGCUUACAAGAGUUAUUUUAAGUUAUAAACUAAAUCUUCUGAUACCAAUUAGUAAAGUUGACAAAAAUAUGGUUCAGGCGCAAAAAAGAAAUGCAGUAAUAGCAGAAAAAUUUUGGUUUCGUCGAGAUAUUACAUCAGAUGUAAAAAAACAAGAUGGACAAGCAGAAUAUACAGAAUUUACUAUCCAUGAAAUUAUCAAUGGAAAGGAGGGUGUUUUUCCGGGUUUAAUACCGUUAGUAAAUUCGUACUUAGCCAGCAUGGAUGUAGAUGCGGAUACUCAUUGUACCGUACAAGCAUAUAUGAAAUUAAUACAAAAAAGAGCUUCUGGAGAAUUAUUAACAACUGCUUCAUGGUUAAGAAAGGAAGUUAUUUCACAUCCAGAGUACAAGAAUGACUCUGUAAUAACACAACGUAUUAACUAUGACUUAUUAAAAAAGAUACAGAAGAUUGUAGCUAAUGAAAUAUCGUGUCCAGAGUUACUUGGAACGUGUAUAUCAUCUAAAACUAAUGAAACUAUACCUGCAGCAGUUGCAAAAGCAGAGAAAGUUCCAAUAUGAAUUGUUAACGGCAAUACGCUUAAA